AUGAGUUCCUCGACCGCCGGUGCGUCGGCCUCCCCUCCGGCGCUGUACGCCGUCCUUGGCGUGCCGGUUAACGCCAGCCAGGCGGAGUUGUCUCGACAGUUCAAGAGGCUAUCGCUGCAGCUGCACCCGGACCGCGCGGCGUAUCGCAAGGACGGCGACGCGAGCACCGAGGCGCAGGUGCAGCAGCGCUACCGGCGCAUCACGGAGGCAUACGAGGUCCUUUCCGACCCGGAGCGUCGCGCGGCGUAUGACACGAGACAUAGCGUGAACUUCUCCUCGAGAGUCACUGCCUUGCGAGAGGCUCUGGAGCGAAAUGAGGUUUCUGUAGGGCCUCUGGCGAAGCGUCCCUGCCCUGAGCUCGCCUCAGGUGCGGAGGGUAAACGAGGCUCAGGAGCAUCUUCACAUAACAGCAAGAAGAGUGGCGGCGACCUGGAAAAAGGAGGGGAGGAGGAGGAGGAGGAAUAUGCGCCGGGCUGA